AUCUCUGGAUUAAAGUAUAUUGCAUUUUCAAGUUCAAAAAUUAAAAAUAUUAUUGCAUAAAAAUAAUGCACUUUUUUUCUCUUUCCACAAGUUACCUCCAACAGAUUAUUAAAGGUAGGUGGAAAAUUUAUUUAGAGCAUGAUGAACCCAGCCGUUAGCAGGAAGGCGGCACAACAACGUCAGCGGCGCACCUACAGAGUGAGAAGAGAUAUUUUCGCUGAGUACGACGAUGCUGAGUUACUGAAAAGAUUCAGAUUGGACCGUGCUGGUAUUGUUGCAGUGACUGAUAUAGUGAGAGACAAGCUGCAAAGUAAAACUGAAAGAAAUACAGCCUUGACCCCUGAGAUGGUGGCCAUCACAUUACGAUAUUUAGCCACAGGAAAAAUGCAACAGUGCAGUUGUGAUGAUUUUGGAACAACGCAGCCCACUAUCAGCCGUGCAAUAUCACAGACAAUUGAUGCACUGGCUGACCCAGAAGUAAUCUGCCAGUUCGUGGCUUUCCCUCACACCCAGCGUGAAGUGCAGCAAAAACAGGCAGAGUUCAUGCAAGUAACUCAGUUUCCCGGUGUUGUGGGAGUGAUUGAUGGCACUCAUAUAAGAAUUGUGUCUCCUCAUGUCGAUGAACAUGUAUAUGUGAACAGGAAACGCUAUCACAGCAUAAAUGUGCAAGUAGUAUUUGAUGCUCACUAUAAGAUUCUUGACAUUGUGGCAAGGUGGCCUGGCUCAGUCAACGAUGCAAGAAUACUAGAUAAGUCAGCACUCAAACUGAUGUUUGAGGAACAACAUGUACCUGCAGGAUGCUACCUUCCCGGGGACAGUGGCUAUCCCUGUAAGCAGUGGCUCCUCACUCCUUACCUUCGCCCUCAAACUGUUGCACAAGCUAAUUAUAACAGUUCCAGUACCUUACGAUGCAGCCGAGGGGACUGACGCCACCACCACCACUGCCACCACCGCCACAACAAGGGUUAUUCGAGUGGGGAUCAUGCUUCAGGUGUUGCCCCAAGAUGCCUCAGCCCCGCAGCCCCACUUCCCCAUGAUAGUGCAGGCAGGGAAUGUCAUACAGGUGAGAGAGAGAGAGAGAGAGAGAGAGAGAGAGAAAGUUUUUUACAUACAGAAAGGAGAGACAGAGAUAGAAAAUCAAUCUUACUACUA